AUGUUCGAGAAGUCAUUAGUGGAUUUGAUCCGUGGCUUGCGGGGCCAUAAAGGAAAUGAAGCCGAAUACAUCCAGUCCGCUGUCAAGGAGUGCAAGUCUGAGAUACGCUCACAGGACCUGGAUAUCAAGGCAACCGCUUUACUGAAACUCAUCUAUCUGGAGAUGUUCGGUUAUGAUAUGACAUGGGCUGCUUUCAAUGUCUUGGAAGUCAUGGCUUCUCCCAAGCCCAUGCUCAAACGAGUGGGCUAUCUGGCUGCCGUGCAAAGCUUUGGUCCAGAAACCGAGGUCUUAAUGCUCGCCGAGAAUCUGUUGAAGAAGGAUCUGACAUCUCCUUCUAUACCAGUCUUGUCUCUUCCGCUCAUUACCUUACCUCACAUAGUGACUUCAUCUUUGGCCUUGUCCAUACUCACAGAUCUACUACCACGGUUGUCCCAUUCUCAGCCAGCAGUUCGAAAAAAGACGAUUGUCACUCUCUACAGACUGGCUCUUGUUUAUCCAGAGACACUCAGGGUGGCUUGGCCAAAGUUCAAGGAGCGUCUCAUGGACGAACAGGAAGACAAUAGCGUUACUGCCGCCACUGUCAAUGUUGUCUGUGAACUGGGCUGGAGAAGACCACAGGAUUUUCUGUCCUUGGCGCCACGACUGUUUGAGCUUCUACUGGCACAAAAGAACAACUGGAUGGGAAUCAAGAUCAUUAAACUAUUCGCUAUUCUCACUCCACUUGAACCUAGAUUGGUCAAAAAACUCGUCCGACCUUUGACCAAACUAAUACAAGAGACCACUGCCAUGUCGUUGCUUUAUGAAUGCAUCAGUGGUAUCAUCCAAGGUGGUAUUUUGGAAGGUGCCGAAAGCGGAGUUGAUGUCGAAGAGGUUGCUGAUCUGUGCAUAUCAAAACUGAGAGGUAUGAUCGUCGUUGACGGUGAUCCAAACCUCAAAUACGUCGCGCUAUUGGCUUUCAACAAGAUUGUCGGGUCCCAUCCAGCCCUGGUCUCGAUGCAGCAGGACGUCAUUAUGGCAUGUCUCGACGAUCCAGACAUAUCUAUCAAGAUGCAAGCACUGGAAUUGGUAUCGGGAAUGGUCAACAGUGAUAAUCUCCAACCAAUCGUCAAUCGCCUGAUGAAACAGCUUGCUAGCUCUGCUUCCGCAUCCGCCGAAAACGGACAUGCAGACGAGGACCAAACUGAUCUGGAACAACGACUCAUCCCGGACAAGCGAAGUUCGGAGACAAUCCAUAUUCCAGAUGAAUAUCGGCACGAAAUCAUCACGAGAAUAUUAGACAUGUGUUCACACAAUACAUAUUCGUACGUCACUGAUUUCGAAUGGUAUAUCGAAAUCCUCGUUCACCUCGUCCGUCAUCUCACUGUGGACAAACCCGGAGUUUCCAGCAUGAGUCGCAGCGAGGCUAAGGGCUCUCCGGCUUCUCGAGUUGGAGGACAACUACUAGACAUUGCAGUCCGCGUCAAGGAACUACGACCCGAGACGACCAAAGCAGCAGAAACCCUGGUUUUACUCUCCAACCGCACAAUUGUCUAUGCCUCCCAUGAAUGUGGCCAAAGCGAGGUCCUUACAUCUGCGGCCUGGAUGUGCGGUGAAUUUGCCUCCAGCCUAUCCAACCCACACGAAAUCCUCAACUCAUUGAUCCACGAAUCUUCCCUCGCCCUCUCUCCCACUGCCCUGGCCAAGUUCAUCCAGGCCAUCCCCAAGAUCAUCUCUCAAAUAGCAGCGCAAUUCAACGAGAACUGGAAUCGAUCGAGAGGAACUACAAUGUCGCUGAUCCUGGCGAGAACGACUGAAUUCCUUGAAAAGCUGUCCGCUCAUCCCAACCUCGAGGUCCAGGAACGAAGCGUAGAAUUUCUUGAACUCCUGCGUGUAGCAGCUGAGGCGCUCUCGGCGCAAGGCGACGACGAAGUUCGGGCUCCAUUACUCCUCACAUCAGCCAUUCCAUCGUUGUUCUCUGGCUUUGACCUCAACCCCGUGGCCCCUGCUGCUCAAAGGAAAGUGCCCCUUCCGACGGGCCUUGACCUAGACACGCCACUAAACCCGGAGCUGUCUGCAAUCUUGCAGGCCUCCCAGAUUGCCGAUGAGGACGACCUGGGAGACGAUGCAUAUCAGAGAUUCUAUCACGAGAGAGAAGCUCCCCAAUCUGCAACCACCAUUCUCCAACCCCAAGCCGCGUCAGCACGACUCAUGGAACCUACCGAGAGUGAACCUCUAUCAUACCAAUCCGCGCCGGAAUCGCCCGCCACCAUCGCUCGCCGCAAAGCCGAGCGCAUGGCCCGCAAUAAAGACGACCCCUUCUACAUCGCGCCAUCGGGAUCAUCGAGCCCACACUUCCACGAAAUCAUCAGCAAUGCCAACGGCGGCGAAGAGCUCGACGUCGACUCGAUCCCCAUCAUCGACCUGCAAAUCGACCACACCCAGACCACAUCCACAGCACCGCCACAGCAACAGCAGAGCGACCCGGAACGGCAACGCGCCGCCGCGCGCAAGAAGAAGUCGACCAAGAAAUUUGUCAUCACAGCGGACGAGACGCUUGAUGCAAGUGAAUUGGACGUGGGAACCUCUGGGUCUGGAACACCACACCGCCCACGCUCCACGAGUCCGCUGCCCCAAUCAUCAUCGCGAACGCAGGCUCGUCCAGGACGCAGCCUUCUCACAUUUGACUCGUCGACGCUCGGGCAAUUGAGCCUCGAGGGCGGAGGAGGACCAGGCGACUCGGAGGCCGAGAUCCUACGGCGGGAGGCAGAGGAGCUGGAGAUGACGCUGGCGCUGCGUGAGGUGGAGAAGAAGCGGCUGGAGAUGCAACGCGAGUGGGAGCGCGGGCAGACUGUGCUUGGGGAGGGCGUGGAUGCCGAGGGCACGGUGGUGAAGAGGAAAAAGAAGAAGAGGACGAAAUUGCUCGAUGUGCCUGCGGGGUAUGGGGGAGAGGUUGUUGGUGAAGACGGGGCUGAAGGGCCUUCCGCGGUGGCCGUCACGAAGAAGAAGAAGAAAAAGAAGAAGGCGAGGCCCGUCGAGGAGGACGCGGGAGGAGCAGAAUCGCCCUCCCGAAAUCCGGAUGCGAAAGACGCAGGUGAAGAAUUUUUAUGA